GCCUAUCUAUUUCCCAUCUGGAUCUUUCCCCUCCUCUCACCUUAUUAUUAUAGACUUCCCCUCUUUCUCUUCUCCUUUGUUUGGGGUUUGGAUUGGAAUUUGUCGAAGAUGAUGAAGAAGGGGAGCCGGGUUUUGAUGAUGGAUUCAGAGGAAGCCAGGGCUCGGUUCAAGCAUCAGGCCCUUUCGCAGGAUUACGACGAGCUGCUCGUGGAAACUGAAGCAAAGAAGAGGAAGUUGCAGAAAACAAUUGCAAAGAGACUCAAGCUAACGGCUGAAGUCAAAUUCUUACGGGGAAAAUACAAAGCUUUCGUGAAAAACCCAUCUCAAGAAACCCCAUGUCGAGUGAAGAAGUCUUCUCGCAAAAAGCAAUCACCAUCUGUUCAGUUAUCUCAACCUCCGAAAUCCAUAAAUAGUGAGCUUCCUUUGCAAGUUCCUCUGCAAGAUAGGAGUCAGAGAGCGAAGGAAGUUGGAACUCCGAGCUCCUCUGCGUUGUUCGACUUGAACAAGGUUUCCUUACCGAAUGCUGAAGAGAUGGAGGGAAUUCAAGCAGAGUGGGAGCCUCACAAGGUAGAUAAAUUGAAGAGCACCCAUGACCUCAAUCUCUCAAUCUUUAAAGAUGUAGGAAGUUCUAGCCACGUCGGUAAGAGAAAAAUUUCAUGGCAAGAUCAGGUGGCUUUGAGGGUUUGACGUCCUCCCCCUCGUCAUCUGAUCAGUAUGAAGCUAGUUUAAUUUUGUCAACAAUGCAUAUUUUGUUGGUGGAAAAGAACUUGAUGUUAUAUACUUAUUUUUAACCUUGUAUAUACAAGAAACGGUGGUGUUUAGCGAGCAUUUCUUUUACUUGGGGUUGUCUUGUAUUUUGAAUGAUACGUGCUUGCGUUUUGCAGAUGACACAAGUUUCAUGGUUAUUCUUGAUUCCUUCAGGUUGAUUUA